AUGGAAAAGAUUGUUGCAACACAAACUUCAGUCAAAUCAGUAGAGUCUAGUUUGCCUCUUUCUUCAGAUAACUCUUUGGGCCAACAAUUUGGGACUAAGAAUAACAGUGUCUAUGUCACAAAAUCCUGGAUGACCGUUAAAGAGCCAAUUGGUGUAUGGAGUGACGGUAUUUUUAUAGUUCAGGGUAUAUUGGAGCAUUUAAAUGUGACAAAGGACUAUUCUGAUUAUCUAUGGUAUAUAUCCAGAAUAUACAUUUCAGACGAGGAUAUAUCAUUUUGGGAGGAGAAUAAUAUUGGCCCAGCAGUUAAAAUUGAUAGUAUGCGUGAUGCUUUACGUGUAUUUGUCAAUGGCCAGCUUGAAGGCACUGUGAUAGGACGUUGGGUGAAGGUUUUCCAGCCUGUACAUUUUGUCAAAGGAUAUAAUGAUCUAGUGUUCUUAUCUCAAACAGUUGGCCUGUAG